AUGCUUGAAAAGUACGAGAUUGCUGGUACACAUGCAGAAAAUUUCUUGGAAGCAUUAUUCAAGGCACAAAAAUCCCUUCUGGGACGGGAUCAAGAUAAUUACCAAAAGUCAUUGGAUUUUCUCGAAAAGUUCAUGGAAGAGCUGUUACAGAAUCUUAAGGAACAGUGUAAACCUGUUGAACAGCGCCCACUGUCUUGUUUCAGUGCUACAAUGAAUCCUAGCCUCAACUUGAUGAAAGCGGACUCAAUAAAGGUUCCUCCAACGGUGCGAAAUCAGAAAGUUGUAGAAGUGUUUCGCUGCUUCGAUCGAUAUGACGAUUCCCUCACGUUUGAAGAGAUCGCUGAUGGAGUGAAGAAGUUGGAAGGCCUUGCAGCUCAGACGCCUGAGCAGUACGACUCUUACAUGUCUGAAGUGAAGGAAGCAGUGGAAGAGCGACUCAAGAAGAUCAACAGCGUAAGAUACGGGUGA